GCACCGAGUACUGUACAAAGUGUGCGUCGACACAGAAACAGUGCUACGCCAACAUCAUCUAUAUAUUGUAACUGCAUCUCACGUCUAAUCACAUCUCAGAUGGUUGGGGUGGCUGGAAAAUCGAAAGCUUGCAACGAUUGCAAGCGACGGCGCGUCAAAUGUGGGUUUGAGAGGCCAGGAUGUCUUCGAUGCGCCAAAGCUCACAUACAAUGUUCGGGUUACAACCAACGAACGUUUUUCGUCAACAGGACUCUUGCAGAUCCUGCUGUAUCGGCGCCGAGUGUGCUCGCGAAAGAUAGUCGAACUAGACUGGAAGAUUCGGGAGGAAGCUCGAUCCAGCCUGAACUAGACGCACUACAAAGCUUGUCACAGCUCAAUGCCGACGUACAUUCAUCGACGCAUUCCCCUCGUUACUUUCGAGGGCAAGCUUACCGCCUCAUCGAGAAGAUCUACCUCCCGCGACCCGAAGGUACGGACAACAGUCCGAAUAAUGCCAUUCCGACGACCUGGUUCGGCGCUAUAUGCGAGCUUGAGGAUUACUGCCCUACGCUCGACCAUGCGCUUAUUGCAUUCUGUACUAUUCAGGUUCAUAUCGCAGCUACGAAUGGAGAUGAAGCAUCACGUGAUAAAUGUCUCGAAAAGUAUAAAUUCGCUCUUGAUCGCUUGUCCGAUGCGCUGAAUCUUGGAGAAGAGCGGCAGCUACAUUGCCUCCUUGCGUGCAUUGUAGUUUUGUCGACAGCCGAGUUCUUUUGCUUCCCAACAGACGAUAGUUUACGAGUUCAUGCGCAAGGCAUCGCCGAUAUCUUGCGCUUGAAGCAAUCGUUCACAGACAUAUCGUCAAGCAUCUGGACAAGGCUAUGGUCACGCUUACGGGUUAUCGCUAUCCUAUCGCAACUCACAGGGGAACAGAGAUUAUCUGUUAAUGGUGCUCAGUGGGCGGAUUUCAUGCCUGAGAACCAUUCCGUAGAUCCGAUCGACCAGCUGUUCGGCAUCAUCUGCGAUCUGCCUCAACUCCUCAGGUCAGCCGUGGACGCCUUUUCAGGGAGACAAUUUGAGAGCACUGAUGGCAUGACAAUUAUCGCAGCCUUGUGGAGUGUCCUCAGAGAUAUCUACGCAUGGCAAGCGGUUAUAUACGGCGCUUUGUGUCCAACACCAGCAUACACAUUUCAUCCCUCAAAUCUGCGCAACCCCACCGACGAAGUUUACGGAACAAAGCUUUUCUCCUCAUCUAUACAUUUCAACUCCGUACAAACAGCGCUCAACUUCAUCAUGUCAUGGGCUUUCCAGUUACACAUUCUCACUGUAUUGCAUUGCAUCACCCGAAAACAUAGUGAAGAGAGAUCGAUCGUUCCACCACAAUUCAUCCACCUAUACAGUGGUUUUGGCUCAAUCAAGACCGAAGGAGUGAGAAUAGCUCGUCUAUUCUGUCAAACGAUAGAAUAUUGCCACCGCCCUCGCAUGGGAACGUUUGGGAUACAGAUUGAAUGCUACCCAUGCUGGGUUGUUCGACAGUUCUUUACCCAUUGUGGUGCUGAAAGAGAGUUACAGUGGUGUCAGAACGUUGGCGGUAUGAGUGGGGCCGGGACAAGAUUUGGUGUGACGGUCAUGGAAUUUCAGGGGAGUAUCUCAAUUUAG